UAACCCAUCAUAGAACAGCAAUGCAGUCUCACCAUUCCAGCGUGUAUUCCCUCCCUUACCCAGCGACCAGCCGCCCCCAGACAGAGCCCCAGUACGAGACCACGCCCACCAAAUGACACUAAUGACAAUGAUGAUAGAACUGACCUACAUCAGUGUAUUACCAUUUCCGGUCUACGUGGCGAUCCUGGGCUCCAUCGUCCUGUCCAUAGGCGUCUUCCUCAAGGGCGUCUUCAACAUGGCGCCCCCAGAGGCGCCGGUCUUUUACUUCAGGGAGUCUUCGCUCAACACGUAUGUCAUGGAUAAAUGUAAACUAAAGGAUCGAUACUUCAGCCCCAACUACUGGCUGAGCUCUAAGCACGUGCAGACGAUCCUUCCCAUCAUCCUACCCAGGCCGGAUGUGACGUAUGAGAGAGAAUAUCUGCAGAUGCGCGACAAAGGCGUCGUGGCCCUGGACUGGGCGGUCAACCCCCAGGUCAAGUUAAAAAGAAAGGCGACCAUCCUACUGGUCAUUCCGGCCAUAACGGAAGGAGCGUCACACGUGAGUCAGAUUUGCCAGACUGCACUGUCACGUGGCAUGAGGGCCGUGGUCUUCAACAGGAGGGGUCAUGGGGGCAGUUACCUGACCACACCCAAACUCCAGAGCUUUGGUGACCCCACGGACCUGCGACAGGUGGUCAAGUACCUGAGACAGCGCUUGCCCAGGUCUCCACUCACGGGUGUAGCCUACGGUACAGGCUGUGGUCUGCUCAUGUCCUACCUAGGUGAGUACGGGUCGUCUGCCCUCCUGACGGUCGCCGCCUGCAUCUCCCCGUGUUACGACGUGCCGGAGAGGUUCGCCUCACGGGCCGGCAGCCUGUACGACCUGGUGCUGCUGCUGCGUCUCAAGUACCAGCUGUGUCACCACGCCCUGGCCUUGGCCUCCGUCCUUGACAUCGACAAGGUCAUGGCCUCUUGGACUUUCUCGGAAUUCAACCGGAACGUGGACUGCCCGCUGUACGGGUAUUCUGAUUUGGAGCAGUUCUGGGAAAUGAACAACCCGAUUAGGGAUGUGGACGAUAUCGAGGUGCCGGUGCUGUGUCUCAACAGCCUGGACGACCCUGUGUGCGCCCGCGCCGACAUUCCCUAUGAUCUCUUCAAGUGUUACCCCAACUUCCUGCUCGCCGUCACCAAAAACGGCGGACACUGCGGCUUUCUGGAGGGCUUGCCGCCCAAACCGUGGGCAGACGUCUUCUGUCUGGACUACCUCGAGGCCGUGGUGGAGUUCACCACCAAAACCUCCCAGCUACAGCAGCACCGGCCGCGGGCCGUGUCAACCAGCCACGGCCGGACGACCAGCUCCCCGGGACUACGGCCGAGGUCCAGCCACACCUACCUCCAGUACGUCAGCAACACAUCGCUCAGUAGCUCCAGCAGCAACUGCAGCGGGCGGACUCGAACCGGCAGCUUCUACAAGAAACGUGGGAGUGAACGCUUCACCAUUUGACCGCUGCUCACAUCUUGGUUGCUUCCCUUAUUCUUGUAAUGGCUGGUUGCUUCCCUUGGUUGGUGACGGCCUGGUUGCUCCCCUUGGUUGGUCAGCUGGUCUCGUGUUGUUUGUGAUUUCUUCCAAUGGGACAAGAUGUUAAAAAGACCCCAUCUAAAAACCAACAAAAGCUAAGAAUCUAUAAAUAUUGUUGCUUAAAUUAUUAACUAUUUAUAAAGACUGUUACUAUGGUAACCGUUGAGAAAAGCGGUUCGGUGUCUGAAUGUCCUGACCUGUGAUGUGUGUUCGUUUGGAUAUAAACAAUAAUAGAACGAAACCUCGCUGAGGUACAGCGUAGAAAUUUUCUUGGAUAUAAAACUGGAGACAACUCAUGAAAAUAGAAACCUGUAUUAAAUUCAUGAGCUAUUUCCCUUUUACCGUAACUGUGAUUACUAAUGUGGAUUAAUUUCGGCUGGCACCGCUAUGUACGGAGGGGUCUACAUUACAUACUGUUGAGUUUCACGAGAAAGUAUUUAAAUAUUUAAUACAAUUUUUUAAUUUUUAUCUUACACUUGUUAAUAUAAUUUUCAUUCGUAGACUAACAUUUUUUUUUCACUCAAAUUUUAAGCAUUUUGUGGACCGUCCAUAAAUGACGUCACGCUUUUUUGGAUGAAUUUUACCCCCACCCCCCCUCCCCUAUCUAAACAAAGACAUCAACACUCAACUAACGUCACACUACGGCCUAGGGGUCUUCCAUAAAUGACGUCACACUCGUAGGGGGAGGGGGGGGUCGGUAAUUUUGUGACGAUGUGUGAUGAGGGGGAGGGGGGGUUCAGAUGGUGCGACGUCACACUUUUGCUUUAUAGAUAAGAAAUGUUAGGAAACUAAUUUUAGACGUUAUUUAGCGUUUUAGAAAACAGUUUUAAUAAAUUAUAAUAGGAAUUGAUUAAAAUACUCUAUUUUGACAUA